AUGUCCUCUAACUUAGUCAUGUCAUUCCUGAGGGUGACGAAGCAGUACCUCCCUCACGUGGCCCGCCUGUGCCUGAUCAGCACCUUCCUGGAGGAUGGCAUCCGCAUGUGGUUCCAGUGGAGUGAACAGAGGGAUUACAUUGAUGGCACGUGGAACUGUGGCUAUUUCCUGGCCACCAUCUUUGUGUUCACAAAUCUCUUCGGACAGCUCAGCGGCUGUAUCCUGGUGCUGAGUAGGAACUUUGUGCAAUAUGCCUGCUUUGGACUGUUUGGAAUUAUAGCAUUACAGGUAGGAGGCUACAGCAUUCUAUGGGACCUGAAGUUCUUGAUGAGGAACCUUGCCCUUGGGGGAGGCUUACUGCUGCUUUUGGCUGAGUCACGCUCAGAGGGGAAGAGCAUGUUUGCUGGUGUCCCUACCAUGCGGGAAAGCUCUCCUAAGCAGUACAUGCAGCUGGGGGGCCGUGUGUUGCUGGUCCUCAUGUUCAUGACACUGCUACAUUUUGAUAUGAACUUCUUUUCUAUUCUGCAGAACAUUGUAGGCACAGCCCUGAUUAUCUUGGUGGCAAUUGGCUUCAAGACUAAGCUGGCUGCCUUGACUCUAGUCAUCUGGCUGUUUGGGAUCAACAUCUACUUCAAUGCCUUCUGGACCGUCCCAGCCUACAAGCCCAUGCACGACUUCCUCAAAUACGAUUUCUUCCAGACCAUGUCUGUAAUUGGAGGGCUCCUCCUCGUCGUUGCACUGGGCCCUGGUGGAGUCUCCAUGGAUGAGAAGAAAAAAGAGUGGUAACAGGAAUAGCAACACUUCUUGGGACAUAACAUAUUAAGUCCAGAACUGGUUCUCUAUGGAUUCAACAAAAACUGCCAGCAUUUUACACGUACAUGCCCCCUUCCUAUUAAAGGCACAGAUGUUUUGAAUUUGAUUUACAGUGGCACCAGUAAUAUAAUAGAUAAAAUCCUGUUUCUUCAAGGAAUGUUGCCUAGGCGUAUUCUAACUUCCUAGAUUUGGAACUAACCCAAGGAACCUGCAUUUUGCUGAUGCUUCAGUGAGUUACAGUUAGAACAGUUGCUGUCUUUUAUUGUCAGCAGUGUUUUAAAAUUUGAAGUACUGUGAGCAGAUACAACUGUAUCGUUCAGUGUGCUGUUGGAUUCUAGCUAUAACUAAAAAAGUGGAUCCCCUUUCUUGCCCUCAUCAAAACUGUCUUGUGCAUAAGGAGCUCUGUUGCUGGUUAUAGCAUUGCUUAUCAAGGUGGAAGGCAGCAUAAAAAAAAAACCCCUUAUUUUGCUGCUCAGAGGCCUGUAAUUCCAUUUUGUUUAACAACAGGGGAGGUCUUUCCUGCCCCCAAAAAGAAAACCCUGGAAGUAGUUGUACCCCCCUCUAGGUAAGAAAAGGGAGGAGUCUUUCUAACAUAUCUCAAGUUCUGCUCGAGGGGAACAAGGGAGAACCCUGUAUUGCUCAUAAGAUUUCCAGAAGGAAGUGGGGGGACAUUCUCCUAAAGAGACAGAAU